UUUCAGUUAAACUUUCGGCCGGGAAACGCUACGCCAAGCGUACGUUAUGCACUCGCGGCGCUAAGUUAACUGCGCGUAAAAGCUUAAAUUGCGCCCUGGAACUUGAAAGUUAUUUAGCUGCUGUAUAUUAAUAUCCAUUGGCGCGUGCGUCUGUGUAUUUUACGUGAAUCGGUGCGUAAAGUUAGCUGACAUUUGUGGCAAUGACAUACCAAAGACUCUGGGAAUGCGUCAAGGGCUCUUGAAGAUGAAUGCGUGAAGUGAAAACGAGCUACCACAACGCUUUUUACACGUGCAACAGGUGUAUCCCAUAUCAAGCAUUCAAGUGUGUACAUAGGGGCAAGCAAAGUGUCAAAGGUUCACGUUACAAUACGUCUCACAAAUCAUUGUGCAGUUGCACUUUCUGCUUGCCGUGGCAGUGUAGUGACAGUGUGUCUCUCAUCCCUCUGUCGCUAGCAUGCUGCAGCUUGAACAGGGUCUACAGAUCUAGAUGAACGCAUCUUUGUUUGGAGCCGAGUGUUGUGUUGUGGUAAAGCGUCAAACGAAACGUGUAGUUUAAGCACGACCAUGUGCACACGUUCCUGAGUAAUCAGAGCACGUACGAAAGCGCGAAAGUGUUCGAGCCAAGCACACAGGGCACAGCAUUGCAGCCGCGCACAUGAAGCGCGACGAGGAACGUGCGCGCAAGAUGUGGCGGGACAUUGGUGUUGCGGCUAUGCAACACGGUCCAAACACUCUGCACCAUCAUCAGCCAUCGAUGUACGGCGGUCCCGGCAACAACAGUACAGCCUCGACGCUACCCAGUAAUCCGCACUGGAAUCAGCCGGGAUACCGGAAUUCCUACAGCCUGCCACAUCCGACGUCGCAGAAUGGAGUCAGCAGCGAACGCAAUGGUGGCGGCCGUGGGGUGGACGUUGGUGGAAGCCGCUAUCAACACUACGACGUGAAGCCCUUGUCACAGGCACCCUCCUUUCCGGAGAUCUCGAGUGCCAGCUACAAUGGCAAUGGGUACCAUCUCCCGCACCAUCACCCCCAUCACCUCCACCACCAGCCGCAGCAGCAGCCCCAUCAUCCGGCGGGUCAUCAUGGGCUUAAGCCUCCGCGUCCCCUAUCGAUGUACGAGCUGAGUAACGGGCAUCACAAUGGAGGCAGCAGUAGUCCGCAGUUACACUCGCUACCACCGAACUUUGUGCCACACCAAACGCGUAAUGGAAGCGGACGGUCACCACCUCCGUUGGUGAUCCAUAACAACAACCAGCAUGGUAUGGUGGGAGGACCACGAUCACCUGUAGGUCACGCCGGCGAAGGUAUCGGAGGAGGUCGCGCUCUUUUACAACAACCGGAAGAACUGAAAGUCGACCCGGAGCUUAUCUUCACAAAGCAGGAGCGUAUCGGUAAAGGAUCCUUCGGCGAAGUUUUCAAGGGUGUUGACAACCGGACACAGCAGGUGGUCGCAAUUAAGAUCAUCGAUCUCGAAGAAGCUGAAGAUGAAAUCGAAGACAUUCAGCAGGAAAUUAUGGUGCUAUCGCAAUGUGACUCGCCGUUCGUCACCAAAUACUUCGGAUCAUAUCUUAAGGGCACCAAGCUAUGGAUCAUCAUGGAAUAUCUCGGAGGUGGAUCCGCCCUAGACCUUAUGAAGGCGGGCCUCUUCGAGGAGAUGCACAUCGCCAUCAUAUUGCGCGAGGUACUCAAGGGUCUGGAUUACCUGCACUCCGAGCGCAAACUGCACAGGGACAUCAAGGCGGCAAACGUGUUGUUGAGCGAGCUGGGCGACGUAAAGCUGGCUGACUUUGGUGUUGCCGGGCAGCUCACCAAUACCACUUCCAAGCGGAACACCUUCGUCGGCACACCCUUCUGGAUGGCACCGGAAGUGAUAAAGCAGUCCAUGUACGAUUCCAAAGCCGACAUCUGGUCGCUAGGUAUUACAGCCAUCGAGCUGGCCAAAGGUGAACCACCCAACUCCGAGCUGCACCCGAUGCGGGUAUUGUUUCUCAUUCCGAAGAACAAUCCACCACAGCUUACCGGUAGCUACACGAAGCCAUUCAAAGAUUUUGUCGAAGCGUGCCUAAAUAAAGAUCCAGAAAAUAGACCAACAGCGAAGGAGCUGCUAAAGUUUCCUUUCAUCAAAAAGGCGAAGAAAAAUUCAUACCUAAUCGAUUUAAUCGAUCGGUACAAAAAGUGGAAGUCUCAAAAGGGCGAGGAAAGCGAAACAGAAUCAGAAAAUUCGGAUUCUGAGGAUUCCAAACAGGAUAGUGAUCUCGAUGAACCGUGGAUAAUGACGGUGAAGGGAUUGAAUUUUAAUAACUUUAACAAAAAUGUGAUGGAAGACCCGCUUGGUUCACCGGUAAAACACAACGGCACUAGCAACGUUGGCGGAGUCAGCUCGAACCGUGAUAGGGAUUAUAAUUUGAAUCAACAUAAAACAAGUCAGCCACGAACGUCCUCAUCGCCAUCGCAUCAGUCCUCUUCGACACUGAUUGCAGCCAACAAUGCCACCAACAACAGCAGCAGCAACACCAGCCCAAUCAUUGUGGAUUCGCGCAAGGAGCGCGAGCUACAAAAUCAAAUCUCUGCUAUGCAGCUGCAAAAGGAAAAGGAAGCGAGCUUAGAACGGCAACAGCAGCAGCAGCGGGAUCAUCGCAUGGAGCGUGAAUCCGAAUGGGAAAAGGAUCGUGAAAAGGAACGGGAGCGGGAACGCGAUCGGGAACGGGAGCGCGACCGUGAACGGGAACGUGACCGUGACCGUGAGCGGGAGCGGGAACGAGAGCGCGAUCGUGAUCGUGAUCGUGAACGUGAACGAGACCGGGAUCAUCGCGAGCGGAUAGAACAUCGCGAUCACCGAGAAAAGGAUCGCGAAAACAAGGAACGAAAGAUCGUUGCCUCCGACGGGCUGGGCGGAAACGAGAACGAGAAACGCAGCAGCAGUUUGCGACGCGAACGGGACUCACCGAGCCACAACAACACCAGCAGCAAUGGCAACUCGCGUACCAACAGUAUUACGAAUGUAAAUAAUAACUCCAGCAAAAGCUCGAGUCGAUCGUCGACAUCGACGACGACGUCGACAAACAGUGGUUGUCUGAAGGCAAUCAUUUUCCCCCUUUUAUCUGAGAUGCAGCGAAAUUACAACAGUGGCUCCGAUAUGGGAGAUCUACGGCUAGCCUUCGAGAGUGCCGAACGAAGUAGUCCGGGCGUGAGCGAUCUGUUUGUGAAGGAAAUUAUCCACAAGCUCGUACCCGGUUUCUCCGAGACGCGAAUCAAUACGCUUAUAGACAAAGUGACACGCCGAGCUUCCGGUAACUCUUCUAAGAUGGCGGUACUGUACUAGGACAGUUUCAACCUGCAGUGCAAAUAAACAAUCGAAUGUACUUAGUUGCUUGCCUUUCUAUUUGUCACCCUUACGAUUGCGUAUAUCGGCUACACGGCAUUACUCAAGCACAUUUAUCAAUUGAGCUGUUUGUUUAAUUGUUUUCGUUUUUGUUUACACGGUUCACGUUAUUGUAAAUCUUUUAGCCGCUUAAAUAUAGCAGCGCAUGUUCGUGCAUUAGGCUGGGAAGGUUCCUGUUUAGCUUUUGGUUUGUUUGUACCAGCGCCAAGACGAGCGAGAUUAGAAAUUGAAAGUCUUUGAAAAUACACACGUGUAAUGCUAGCGUUGUAACUAAAUCAUUAUUAGAAUGUAAAGCAUGUUCUUAACCCGUACUGAAGCUUGUUUGUGUGUGAACAGGUAGUGCUGCAAGUCGUCCGGAGCUGUAGACAAGCAUCGUUCAGGUGUGUAGGAUAAUCGUUUUUGGAGAUAGAAAAACCAAUUAUUCAAUUAGGUAUCGGAGGUUAGCGAAUUUGUUAUUUAAUUUGCGACAGACGGUUUUGUAAAGCUAUUUUUUAAUUGCGCUUAUCGCCCGAUAAAAUUUGUCCGUCAGCUGGAAACGCUUCAAAUGAGUGGAAAGAAGCGCAUAUUUUACCUUACUUUGGAAUUUAAUUUGGUUCGAUAAAUUUACACAACGGAACAAUCAAACAACAGACACCGGUGACGGUGGCAUAAAGUAAGCAAUUAAAAUUUUGAAACAACACACCAUCAAUCAAAACAAAGCCGUGUAAAGAAACUGUUCGUCGACCGGUGGAGGAGAAUCGCCACAAAAAGGCAUUAAUUCACUCAACACUAUUGUAGUGUCGAGUUAGAUGUUUAGGAGCAGAAAAAAAGAAACACACAGACACACACACACAGUAGGAUUGCUAGUAUGGGAAUUAAUACAGGACAUAACGAAGGGGGGAAAUCAAUGGGUGGUCAUCAAUGUAUAGAUUUUGUGGUUAACAAAACACCACAACACGGGCAUGGAAAACUGUUUCCGGAUGAGAUAUCGUUGUUUUGCACCAUGUAAUACACACACGCGCAUACACCUUACAAGCAUGUACUUGUGCUUGCCACUGUGCAUGUUUAAUAGGUCGAGCGUUUAGGUCGAAAGUGAGGAGAUGGACUAAUAGAACAGAGAAAGCAUGAAGAUUGAAAGAGCCCGUAAAGGUGAAUAAAUUUAACAAACGAUAAAAGCAAAACAAUAAAAUAACUUAUUAAAACAA